UUUUUCAAUUUUUGACCAAGAAUAUUGUGGAAAUGGAGACAACUAAUUUUCUUUUUAAUUUUAAAUAAAUGUUUGAUUGUAGUAUUGGACUGACAAAAAAAGCGCCAUUAAAAAAAAAGUUGCAGCACGCUCUGCUGCUAGGCGUAGGACUGGUGGUGGGGUGGAGGACGAAAUGAUGCUAACUGAGGUUGAGGAAAGGAUUGUUGCUUUGUGUGGUGGUGAAAGCUUUUCCACAGGAGAUGCACAUUUAGGCAUUCAGCCGUUUCCGGAAAAUGAUACGCCGUCUCCAUCACCCGAAGCACAACCUAUAUACAAUACUAAUGAUGACAACAUUAAUGUACCACAACAACAGCAGAGUCAGGCACGGCCUACUGAGGAAUCAGCAGCUAUUGUAUUUUAUGAUUCCGCCCUGAUUGAGGACAGUCCAGCACCUCGAAAUUACAGACCACCAGCUAGUGCAAUUUCGAGAAAACUGUUUGCUUCCUCAUCCAGCUCCAUUGUUGGAACUAGCCAAAGCAUUUUACGGAAUAACCAGUUAGACAACACUCCUCCUCCAAAUCCUCAUGUUUAUCAUCCCAGCCUGUCCCCUCCAACUGUAACACUUUCCCAUACGCCCACACCUUUACCUUCACGCCGUGGUUCCACCCCAGUAGCCUCCCCAGUCAUUCCAAGAACUGCGGCUUCAUCAUGUAGGUAAAAAAUACAUUUAAACAGCAUUCUCUACCAUUAGAUCGAGAAUUUUAAAAUGUAAAUAUUUAGUCAUUCUCCUCCAUGACUGAGAGAUUCCUGAGGUUGGAAGAACAGCAGCUGGAGAUACAAAGAUUGAAUACGCAGAUCAUGCAGUCCUUUCUGGAGAGGAGUGCAGAGAGGGACAGAAUUUUUGCUGAAGCUGUAGCUGCAGUCGGUCAAGGGCUGCAAGCAUUGGCAGAGGCCGUCAACAGAGAUAGGAAUUCUCCUCCAUGACUGAGAGAUUCCUGAGGUUGGAAGAACAGCAGCUGGAGAUACAAAGAUUGAAUACGCAGAUCAUGCAGUCCUUUCUGGAGAGGAGUGCAGAGAGGGACAGAAUUUUUAGAUUAAAGUUGUCUCAAAAGGGAUUCAGCGUUUGGCUUCGGCCUAAACUAAACUUCGAGGUCCUAAACUAGGUAAAUUGUUAUAGGUGGUUGAACAAUAAAUAAGCUAAUUUACAUAA